AGAGCCGCAAUAUUCUUCACCGCCGGUAUGGAGAAAUCUGACAACCAGCAGAGGACCUGGAAGAAGAAAGGCGUGAUGAGAUCGAGCCCUAACACCGAAGCGGUGGCGACGCAAUGCGUAAAGGUGGUUGUACGAUGCCGGCCGAUGGAUGAGCGGGAAAUCGCGCGCAGUUACAGCCGUGUCGUCGACGUGAUCCCGUCCAGAGGUGUCGUCGAGGUGCGGCAUCCGCGCGAUGAUCCGUCCAGCGAGACAGUCAAGGUAUUCACCUUCGACGCGGUGUACGACUGGAACUCCACCCAGCAGGAGCUGUACGAGGAGACGGUCAGGCCACUGGUGUCCUCGGUACUCGACGGCUUCAACGGUACUAUAUUCGCCUAUGGGCAAACCGGCACCGGCAAGACGUAUACGAUGGAGGGCUCGAAGAUGGAUCACGAGAGGCGCGGCGUCAUCCCGCGCUCCUUCGAGCAUAUAUUUAAUCACAUCGGCCGAUCCGAGAACAUGCAGUAUCUGGUGAGGGCCAGCUAUCUGGAGAUCUAUCAGGAGGAGAUACGCGAUCUGCUGCAUCCGGAUCAGAGUUUGCGCUUCGAGCUGAAAGAGAAACCAGACGUCGGGGUGUACGUUAAGGAUCUGUCAACCGCCGUCUGCAAGAGUGCGGCGGAGAUACAGCAUCUGAUGAACAUGGGUAAUCAGAACAGAACGAUCGGCGCGACGAAUAUGAAUGAGCACAGUUCGCGGUCGCACGCGAUUUUCCUCAUCACGAUCGAAAUGGGCAGCAUCGGUGACUGCGGCGGCAUCAGAGUUGGACGCUUAAAUCUGGUUGAUCUCGCGGGCAGCGAGAGACAGAGCAAAACUGGCUCCUCAGGGGAGAGGUUAAAGGAGGCGAGUAAGAUCAAUCUGAGUUUGUCGGCUUUGGGUAACGUGAUCUCGGCCCUAGUGGAUGGUAAAACGACGCACGUGCCGUAUCGAGACUCUAAACUUACAAGAUUACUGCAGGAUUCGUUAGGUGGUAACUCGAAGACAAUUAUGGUCGCGAACAUUGGCCCGGCCAGCUACAACUAUGAUGAGACUCUGACGACUUUGCGAUACGCCAGCCGUGCUAAGAACAUUAAGAACAAGCCUAGAAUAAACGAAGAUCCAAAGGACGCUUUACUGAGGCAAUAUCAGGAAGAGAUAGGUCGAUUGAAGGAGAAACUCGCGCAGAAGGGUGUAACGCAACGAAAGAAGAAGAAGUCGAAGAGAAAGAAGGAGGACGAUGCAAUAGAUUCGGACUCCGAGGCGGACGAUAAUAGUCGCGGUGAAGACAAUAAGGUGGCCGAAACUGACAAGAAAUUCAUAGCGGAACAGUUGAAGGCUGAGAAGCAGGAGACCGAGAAUCUCGUUCAGAGAAUAAAAGACCUGGAGAGCAAGAUGCUUUGUGGCGGCAAAAACAUAAUCGAUCACACAAACGAGCAGCAAAGAGCACUAGAGCAAAAGGCGGCCGAGAUCGCGGAACGCAAGAGGCGAGAGGUCGAGAUGCAGCAGAAGCUGGAAGAUGAAGAGUUGACGAUGGUUGGCGUGAGAGAGACGUACACCACAUUGCAGCAGGAGGUGGACGUCAAGUCUAGAAAGUUGCGCAAGUGCUUCACCAAACUGCAGGCCCUGAAACAAGAACUGGAGGACGUGACCAGCGACUAUAACCGAGAUAGACGGGACUUGGAGCAGGAGCAACACGAACUGAUGAAGGAGCUCAAGCUCAAAUAUCUCAUAAUCGAGAAUUUUAUCCCCGAGGAGGAGAAGACCAAGAUUCUAUCCAGAAUCCACUUGGACGAGGAGGAGGACUGCUGGGUGAUGAAGGAUCCUGAACCAUCAAGCAUAGACAUUAUCAAGCGACCUACUUCCGUACCGAGUGCGCGCAGACCCGUCUCGGAAUACGCGCGGAUCGCUCUCGCGAUGGGACGUGGAUGUCGUUACGCGGGCGAGAAUAUUCUCAACUUGGACCUUGACAUGCCGGCGCGAACGACAUUGGAUUAUCAAGGACCCGCGAUAGCGCCGACGAUUCAAGCAGUUCUCGAGGAGGCUCUGCGCGACGAGGGCGACAUAGACGUUGACGCGUCGAACACAAAGCUGAGAACCAAGACGCGCUUGCAGUCGGCGCGAGUCAGGCCGAAGAGCGUUACCAAGAUGCAACAGAUUCCGGCGCCGGUUUACCCCAAAACGAGAGGCCUCGUACCGAAGUAAAUGGGAAGACCCCGUGCGCGCGUACACGCGCUUCUUUUCUUAUUUUUGUUCGUAAAGAGAAACGUAUGUACAUAUUGUAUGAAUCGCAUCUCUUGUGUGCUUUAUUUAAUUUCUCGCGAUAUGUGACCUCGAAGUACGAUGGACAAGGAACAGAAUGUGUCUUUACAAUUCUCUAGUCAUUGUGCAAUGCGUAAACAUACGUAUAUCGAGCGUAUAAUGUGUAACAAUAAUACAAUAUAAGAUAGAUCUUCAACUGAAAUCUCUCUUCUUUGAUCUCUCUCUGCAUUGUGUAAGAAUUAUCUUGAAACGAACGAUAUAGAUAUUUGGCGAUGUAAGAUUCUUUAUUUACAUCUGUUUCGUUCAUUUUAUUAUUUUAUGAUGCGAUUAUGGGAUAUUAUUCGUCUUUACAAGAACACGAAUAUAUAUUUUCGAGUAGAGGAAGUAUGUUACAAAUGUGAUACUCUUGUGUUAUAUUUAUUAAAGAAUUACAUUUUAUUCCGUAAA